GGUCCCGAAGGCUCCGUACGGCAGCAUGGGCGCGCGGAGGGGGCGUGACUCGCUCCCUACCACAGCCUUUGCGCUCACCGUUGCGUUGGGCUACGGGGCUGGGAGGCAGCGCCACCUUCCUUCCCCUCCUCGCCCAGGGGGACGACGCCCUGUUGCUGCCGCUGCGUUUUAACGACUUCCGCAACACUCCGGACUCUGUGCUUUUCCCCUGCGUGAGCUGCGUUGGAAUUCGUGGCAGACCAGAAAGCUGGGCUCACGAAGGCAAUGGGACCUUAAAAUUUUUUUUCUUAAGCGGAGUGAAUCGUGGCUAUUAGGGUGCCCUACGUGGCGGUUGUUUUCCAGCAGUUGCCUCCCAUGUAUCUGAAUAAAAACAAUUAACGGAUAAAAGUUACCACCACUGUUGUUUAAUAGGGGGUAAAUUGCAUAUUGCAAGCUCGAAAGCGGAGUAAUAUUUAAGUACUUUUUUUUUUCUUAAUUAGAAAACUUUUUGAAAACCUGUGUUUAAGUUAGUGAUUAUCUUAUAAGAGAUAUGUAAAGGGACUUUUCUUAACUGCAACAAAAUAUACCUUAUUUACCGGUUGAUGAAUCUUCGUACUGUUUAGAUUUUCUCUUAUUUGAAAAAUGUGAAGGUACAGUUCCAUUCAUUAGAGUAGUUUAGAUUGCGUACUGUUUCAACUUUCUUGGUAAACUCCGAAGCUAGAACGGCGGAUGCACUGUGUUACGAGAGAGAAGAGGUUUUUAAAAUCUACACCAAGUGGCCGCAGUUUGGAGCAUCAGGAAAGGGUUAAAGGGUUCCUGAGUUAUGUCGCCAAUUUGGGAAGCUACCUGAAAGGUGGUGUUAGGACUUUGUUACACGGAGGUGUGAAUGGGGAAAGGGCAUUGUUGAGAUAAAGCUUCGUCAGAACACAGAACAUAUUUACUUUCGCUGGAGUAUAUUGGUAGAGGAGGAGUAGAAAUUUGGCUAGAAAAGGUACGUGGUGAAAGUAGCAAGUGAUGGAACGCCUGAGCUGGGCUUCAAAUUAAUUGAACAGUCCUGGCUCCAACCGUUGGAAAAGUUUCAAAGUUCACAACUAAUGACAAUGACUAGUGUGUUUAGUUUUAUAUUACUAGAAAAAUACCAAGAAUGUUGCUGCUUUUUGAAUGACUCCUGUCUCCUCAGCUACUCCUUUAUUCUAUCCUAAAUACAAACACCAAAUAAACUUGAUCAGAACUAUUGUUUCUCAUAGUGAACAAAAUUUUAUUUACCCUGUUUGAAAAUUACAGGGAUAAUUUAGAAAGCCAUGUUGAAAAAUAGGUUGCAAAAGUAAUUCCUAAAAACACAAUGGCCUUCAUAUGGCCUUAUGCAACCCUUCUCCUUUCCCUUGGUGAAAAUUUCUCAUGAAAAAAAUCUUAUUACUCAUCACUAAGCCAAGCUUUAAAACUCAUGUUUUGAUUAUUAUAUGAAUGUCCUAGAUACAGAAGUUCCAGAAAAUGCACACAACACUUGUUUCCUAGGAUUUUACAAUACAAAAGUCUCCAUUUUCCUAAACUUGCAGCAGGUUAAGAGCAGUGAAGCUCCCUGAGAGAUCUCAUGUUUAUACAAAGAGCCAUGACUAGAAAACUUUAAGAAUCCACAUUGCAGAAAAGACUACAAGGAAGUUGCUAAUGCAGUCUAGUUGUUGAGGUAUUAAGGGUAAACAUAAACUGUAGAAGUAGUUGCUUUAUAUCUUGACAGCUGAGAAAGACAUAGAAGAGCUGUGAAGAAGAUAGAAUUGUAUGCUGCACAGUAGAGCAGCAGCAGAUGUUCCAGUAUAGCAACAAUGGAUGUUCAAGAUUAAAUUAGACUCAAGUACAUAAGUAAGACAGGAUUUAGCUCUCUGUGGCAUAUUCGGCUGGCUGUAUAACCUGGUUGCUCUAAUCAAACCGCUAAGUCCUUGACAUUACUAACAUCUUCCUGCAUAUCUGGUACCAAUUCAGCUGUGGCAUGGAGAAUAUAAGUAUACUUUGAGAAUUAUUUCUACAAUUCGAAGGUCAGUUAAGAAAGGUCAUUAUAAACUGCAGAAAUCUAAAAAGUAUUUACAAGUGUUAUGAAUUUUUUGCCAUUUUGUAAUUUAUUACUAGGGAGAUUGCAGACUACAUUUACUAAAGGUGUUAAAGGUCAACCUCCAGGAGUCUUUGGGCUCAUGACGGAAAGAACACAAGAGGGAGUGGGAGUCUUUUGGGGUGCAAAAAGUGUUCUUUAUCUUAAUCUUAAUCUGAAUGAUGGUAAUACAAAUUUACAUAUAUAAAUUAAGCUAAAUAUUUCAGAUUUAUGUACUUUGUGUAAGUAGUACUAUGAUACAGCGAUUAAACGAACCAAAAAAUCCCAUUGUCAACCUACUUGCUUUAACUUCCAUCUUAUAAUACAGCUGUCCAUAUGUCACUGGAAAUCAGUAUGUUCCCAUUGAUAGGUUUUGAUGAAUCAAGAAAUUAGAGCAUUUCAGAAAUGUACAUAAUCAAAUAUUUUAAACAUGUGACAUAAAGUUAAUGUUUGGUAUGCUUUAUUCCCUAGUAUAGGAGCUGUGACUAAUGAGAAUCAAAGACCAUGGAUGAAGAUGAAAUCGAAUUGCAGCCCCAAGAACCAAACUCAUUUUUUGAUGGAAUAGGAACUGAUGCUACACACAUGGAUGGUGAUCAAAUUGUUGUGGAAGUUCAAGAAACUGUUUUUGUUUCAGAUGUUGUGGAUUCAGAUAUAACUGUACAUAACUUUGUUCCUGAUGACCCAGACUCAGUUGUAAUUCAAGAUGUUAUUGAGGAUGUUGUAAUUGAGGAUGUUCAGUGCUCAGAUAUCUUAGAAGAACCAGAUAUAUCUGAAAAUGUCAUCAUUCCUGAGCAAGUGCUUUAUUCAGAUGUAACCGAAGAAGUUUCUUUAGCACAUUGCACAGUCCCAGAUGAUGUUUUAGCUUCCGACAUUACUUCAGCCUCAAUGUCUAUGCCAGAACACGUCUUGACAAGUGAAUCUAUACAUGUGUCUGACAUUGGACAUAUUGAACACGUUGUUCAUGAUAGUGUAGUAGAAGCAGAAAUCGUGACUGAUCCUCUGACAACUGAUGUAGUUUCAGAAGAAGUAUUGGUAGCAGAUUGUGCCUCUGAAGCAGUCAUAGAUGCCAACGGGAUCCCUGUGGACCAGCACGAUGGUGAUAAAAGCAACUGUGAGGACUACCUAAUGAUAUCCUUGGAUGAUGCUGGCAAAAUAGAACAGAAUGGUUCCUCUGGAGUGACCAUGGACACAGAAUCAGAAAUCAGUUCUUUGAAAGUAGAUGGCACUUGUCCUGAAGUCAUUAAAGUUUACAUUUUUAAAGCUGACCCUGGAGAGGAUGACUUGGGUGGCACUGUAGACAUUGUGGAGAGUGAAUCGGAGAAUGAUCGUGGGGAACUGCUUGACCAGAAUAGCAGUAUUCGUGUGCCGAGGGAAAAGAUGGUUUAUAUGACUGUCAAUGACUCUAAGCAAGAAGAAGAUGAUUUAAAUGUUGCAGAAAUCUCUGAUGAAGUUUAUAUGGAAGUGAUUGUAGGAGAGGAAGAUGCUGCUGUUGCAGCCGCUGCUGCUGCCGCAGCUGUGCAUGAACAACAAAUUGGUGACAAUGAAAUAAAAACGUUCAUGCCAAUAGCGUGGGCAGCAGCUUAUGGUAAUAAUUCUGAUGGAAUUGAAAACCGGAAUGGCACUGCAAGUGCCCUCUUGCACAUAGAUGAGUCUGCUGGACUCGGCAGGCUGGCUAAACAAAAACCAAAGAAAAGGAGAAGACCUGAUUCCAGGCAGUACCAAACAGCAAUAAUAAUUGGCCCUGAUGGACACCCCUUAACUGUCUAUCCUUGUAUGAUUUGUGGAAAAAAAUUUAAGUCCAGAGGUUUUUUGAAAAGACACAUGAAAAAUCAUCCUGAACACCUUGCCAAGAAGAAAUACUGCUGUACUGACUGUGAUUACACUACUAACAAGAAGAUAAGUUUACACAACCACCUAGAGAGCCACAAACUGACCAGCAAGACAGAGAAGGCCAUUGAAUGCGAUGAAUGUGGGAAGCAUUUCUCUCACACUGGGGCUUUGUUUACUCACAAAAUGGUGCAUAAGGAAAAAGGAGCCAACAAAGUGCACAAGUGUAAAUUUUGUGAAUAUGAAACAGCUGAACAAGGGUUAUUGAAUCGCCACCUUUUGGCAGUCCACAGCAAGAAUUUUCCUCAUAUUUGCGUGGAGUGCGGUAAAGGUUUCCGUCACCCAUCAGAGCUCAAAAAGCACAUGAGAAUCCAUACUGGGGAGAAGCCAUAUCAAUGCCAGUACUGUGAAUAUAGGUCUGCAGACUCUUCUAACUUGAAAACGCAUGUAAAAACUAAGCAUAGUAAAGAGACACCAUUCAAGUGUGACAUUUGUCUCCUGACUUUCUCAGAUACCAAAGAGGUGCAGCAACAUGCUCUUAUUCACCAAGAAAGCAAAACACACCAGUGUUUGCACUGCGAUCACAAGAGUUCAAACUCAAGUGAUUUGAAACGACACAUAAUUUCAGUUCACACGAAGGACUACCCUCAUAAGUGUGACAUGUGUGAUAAAGGCUUUCACAGGCCUUCAGAACUCAAGAAACACGUGGCUGCCCACAAGGGUAAAAAAAUGCACCAGUGUAGGCAUUGUGACUUUAAGAUUGCAGAUCCAUUUGUUCUAAGUCGCCAUAUUCUCUCAAUUCACACAAAAGAUCUUCCAUUUAGGUGUAAGAGAUGCAGAAAGGGAUUUAGGCAACAGAGUGAGCUUAAAAAGCAUAUGAAGACACAUGGUGGCAGGAAAGUGUAUCAGUGUGAGUACUGUGUAUAUAGCACUACAGAUGCCUCAGGCUUUAAACGACAUGUUAUUUCCAUUCAUACGAAAGAUUACCCUCACCGUUGUGAGUAUUGCAAGAAAGGGUUUCGAAGACCUUCAGAAAAGAACCAGCACAUAAUGCGGCAUCAUAAAGAAGUGGGCUUGCCCUAACGAUACUUGUAUAGAUGUUUGUGGAGAUGCUGGCCUCGAAGCAGAAAAACUCACUUAAAAGCCAGUCAGUCUCCACAUACAGAACUAUACACUGAUUUAUGGUGUGUACAAAUAGUAUAUUGCUUCUAGUUGACUUUUUUUUUACAUUUAAUUCCAUAGGGUGUUCUGUAUCCUAUUUAGUUUGUUUAAUGAGAGAAAAGUAGCAACAAUCAAGUUGCUUUUAUUUAAAUAACCCCUGAUUCUGUUUUUAAGUCUUAGAAUUUUUAUUUAUUUAUUUACUUUAUUCUCUUCGAUGGUACUCUUCUAAGACUCCUUAAAGGUGAGAAUGCAUAAGAUUGGUAACUCUAAAAAUAAGUCAUUUUUAUAUUUUCCCCAUGAAUUUUUUAUAUUAAAUAGAAACAUCUGCUAAUAUGAAUGGGAGAUACUACUGUCAAGUCUAAGAUGAAAGUUAUUUCCUUGUCUUAGUGUUUUCGUAUCACAUGACAAUGAAACUCCCCUUAUGAGAAUUUUGGUAGGUUUGUACUUAAUUUUUAUUUGGUUGAGGACAAAGUAUGGUUUCUUUGACUUCUUUUGUAGUGUUUACAUCUUGUCAGUACAACACACUUUUAGAAAGUCUUACUAAAAAGUUUUGAUUAUUCCUGUUUUAGAAUGGUGGCAUUCUAUAAAUGAAACUGUGAACUGAGUUUUGAGAUAAGUUGUGGUUCAUAGGACUUUUGCAGUGUAUGUGUAAAAAUUUUAUAUGUGCUUCUGUGUUGCUUAUUUUACAUAUGUAUACACAAUUCCAAAUUUAAGUCUAGUGAAUAGUAUUAAACAUAAAGUAAACUGAUCCAGCGUUGUACGAAAGAGCAUUUUGCAAACUUGCUACUAUUCAGAGAGAUUAAAAUUCAGCUGAAUCAUAACUAGGGAAAUAAUGACACUAAUAUUUGUAAAGACUGAACUUAUUUUUCUUUUAACUAUCUUUGGUAAUUGGAAAACAGAGUUAAGGAAUUUCUAAAUAGAAUGUAUUCUUAAAAUUUCAGCUUCAUAACUUGAUUUUUGAAAGGCUAAUGACUCUCCAAACAAAUCUCUUGGUUCUCACUCAGAAGCCUAUAAAAGAAAUGUCUUUUCAUUAAGUAAAGAGAACUUAGGGAGCAAUGGCUUCAUAUACCAGAGAAUGUGUACUAAUUAUACUUGGCUAGUUCAGCCUUCCUUUUUUUUUGUAAACAGCAGAGUUCCAAAGACUUAACAUUCAGUGAUAAACAUGUAACAUACAUAAUGAAAUGUUAGGCUUUAUUUGGAAUUGCCAAAUCUUUCACAGUUUUGUUUUUUGAGUUGACAUCGAAAGGGUCAGUGAGUCAUAAACGUAGAUAUAAAAUUAAUUCAAAUAGUUAAUUAGAAUUUGAUUUUAUGAAUAUAUGUUUUCAAAAACAGAUUUUUUAGGUAACUUAAAUUGGCUGUGGCACAUAAUAGGAGAUUAGAAAUUUUUAUUCCUACUCAUAGCUACCAUGCAAAUUCAUUAUGGUGCUUCCUUCUACUCUUGCUGAAA